AUGCCUUCCAUUCAGAAACCCAUCCCUGUGACUCUUCUCAGUGGCUUCCUUGGAGCCGGUAAGACCACUCUGCUUGAGAACAUCCUCAAGGCCAAUCAUGGCUACAAGAUUGCUGUUGUUGUCAACGACAUGUCUGCGCUGAACAUUGACGCUUCUCUGCUGGUCAACCACAAGGUCAGCCAGAAGAAGGAGUCUAUGGUGCAGCUCCAGAACGGGUGUAUCUGUUGCACCCUUCGAGGUGACCUUCUCGAGGAGAUGGCUCAGCUCGCUUUUUCUGGCAAGUUUGACUACAUUGUGAUUGAGUCAACCGGUAUUUCUGAGCCCAUGCAGGUGGCUGAGACCUUCACUCAAGAGUUCACCACUGCUAUGCUAGAUGCUGAGGACAAGGUGGACCUUGGUAUGGACGAGAAGGUGCUUCGACAGAUUGCCGAGCAUGGAGGGCUUGCCAAACUCACGGCUCUGGAUACCGCCGUGACUGUCAUUGACUCCUUCAACUUCCUGCCCAACUUUGAGACCUUUGAUCUACUCAAGGACCGGUGGGAGAUUGGUAUGCCUGAGGAUGAACGAACCAUCUCCGACCUGCUGGUUGACCAGAUCGAGUUCUCCGACGUUAUCAUUCUCAACAAGACAGACACCAUUUCCACCAAAAAGCAGAAUAAGAUCAAGGCUCUGGUACGAAAGCUCAACCCGGUUGCCAAGGUCAUUACCACCAACUUCUGCAAGGUCGAUCUAAAGGAGAUCAUCAACACGGGCCUUUUUCAGUUCGAUAAGGCAGCCACCUCUGCCGGCUGGCUCCAAAGUAUCCAUGAGAUGACUGUUCGAGAUGUUGCUGCUGGUAGUAAGCUUGCACCCAAGCCCGAGACCGAGGAGUACAACAUCAACAACUUUGUGUACAGAGCACGAACUCCUUUCCAUCCUCUCAGGCUGCACGAGCUCAUCAGAGACAAGUUCCUCGUUAUGGAGUACAACACUCCCUCCGGAGCCGACGUUCACGAUGGUCACGAGAACGCCACCCAGGAGGCUGAGGACGAUGACCAGCAGCUGGAGCCUGUGGACGAAGACGGCGACUCUCCCAUGUCCCAGGAAGAAUGGGAAGAUGAGGAGGACUCCGACGAUGAAUCUGUCGAGCUCAUUGACGAGAAGGUUGUGUUGGAGAACAAGAAGAACUCAGUGUUUGGCAACCUGCUACGGUCCAAGGGAUACUUCUGGCUCGCCACCCGUCACAUUCUGCAGGGAGAGUGGUCGCAGGCCGGCGCCAUUCUCACCAUCAAGCCUGGGCAGCCCUGGUUCUGCGUCAUGAGUGAAAACUCGUGGCCCGACGACGAGACAGUCAGAGCCUACAUCAAGAAGGACUUCCAGGGCAUCUACGGCGACCGACGAAACGAAAUCGUCUUCAUCGGAGAGAACAUUGACACCGAGAAGCUCACCAAGGCUCUGGACCAUUGUCUUCUGACCCCCACAGAGAUGCGAAAGUUUGAGCGAAUCAUGAAACGAUUCAACGGCGACGUGAUCAAGACCGAGGCCAAGCUCAAUACCGCCUGGGAAGAUGGCUUUGAGGACUGGCCCGAUAUCAUUGCUGGUGGUGAUGAUGACGAAGAGUAA